GUUUCUCGAAGUAGGCUCACCCCAAUUUUGUCACCACCUUCAACGUCCAUUCCAUCUGGCAUGCUUCUCCAACUUUCUAGACUAUCUCUCACUAUGUCUCCAAAACUCCUUUUUCUUCGACGGUUUUUAAUGUUCCAUAGCGUAUGAUCACUCUCUUCUUGCAUUCCACUCUUCAACCUCUCCAAUGGCGACUCUCUCCAUUACUACGCAUUCUUCUGUAUAUUCAUGGUCUCCCAAGAACAUGAACAUGAACAAGAACAGUCCGCCUACUCUCGGCUCAUCAUUCAUCAGAAACCAGUUUAAAUCGAAACACUUCACUUUUUCUCGAAAUUCAAAACCCAUUGCAAGAAAAUCCCUCAGAGUUUUUAUUAAAGCUCAGCAAGAAAAUGAAACCACUUCUUCUUCUUCUUCUUCGGCCACUGUAGUUUCGGAAAAGCCGAACGACGAUAAUGAUGCCCCGAAGGGUGAAUUGUCUGCGGAAGAAGGUGAAACCGGUAAAGAAGGUGAGUAUGGGCCUGAUGAGGCAGAGAAACAACAAGAGAUUGAUUGGAAGACGGACGAGGAAUUCAAGAAGUUCAUGGGCAACCCUUCAAUUGAAGCGGCAAUAAAAUUGGAAAAGAAAAGGGCAGAUAGGAAACUCAAGGAGCUGGACAGGGAAAGUAGUGGGAACCCAGUUUUGGGUUUGUUUAAUAGAAUUGUGCGGGAUAACUUGACAAGAGAGAAAGAAAGGUUGGAAAAGGCUGAGGAGACCUUCAGGGCUCUUGAUCUUAACAAGUUGAGGAGUUGUUUUGGGUUUGAUACAUUUUUUGCUACUGAUGUUCGAAGAUUUGGAGAUGGAGGCAUUUUUAUUGGAAAUUUGAGGAAACCUAUCGAAGAGGUCAUUCCCAAAUUGGAGAAAAAGCUAUCUGAGGAGGCAGAGAGGGAUGUAGUUAUAUGGUUCAUGGAGGAAAAAACAAACGAUAUCACAAAACAGGUAUGUAUGGUGCAACCCAAAACUGAAAUGGAUCUCCAGUUCGAGUCAACCAAGCUAAGCACUCCCUGGGGCUAUGUUAGUGCUAUAGUUUUAUGUGUUGCAACUUUUGGGACAAUAGCUCUGAUGAGUGGUUUCUUCCUUAAACCUGAUGCAACAUGGGAUGAUUACCUUGCUAAUGUUGUGCCUCUAUUUGGUGGUUUUGUUUCCAUUUUGGGAGUUUCUGAGAUAGCCACAAGGUUAACGGCAGCUCGAUAUGGUGUAAAACUGAGCCCUUCUUUUCUAGUGCCAUCCAAUUGGACAGGGUGUUUGGGAGUGAUGAAUAACUAUGAAUCUCUGCUUCCUAAUAAGAAAGCUCUUUUUGAUAUUCCAGUGGCACGUACAGCUAGUGCAUAUUUGACAUCACUUGCUCUUGCAGUUGCUGCCUUUAUAGCUGAUGGCAGCUUUAAUGGCGGUGACAACGCAUUGUAUAUAAGGCCUCAAUUCUUUUACAACAAUCCCUUGCUUUCUUUUAUCCAAUUUGUUAUUGGACCCUAUACGGAUGACCUUGGAAAUGUAUUACCCUAUGCAGUUGAAGGUGUUGGAGUUCCUGUUGAUCCCCUUGCUUUUGCUGGACUUCUAGGAAUGGUGGUGACAUCUCUGAACCUGUUACCUUGUGGAAGACUUGAAGGAGGCCGCAUAGCGCAAGCUAUGUUCGGGAGAAACACUGCUACAUUACUUUCUUUUGCGACAUCUCUUUUGCUCGGCAUUGGUGGUCUGAGUGGAAGUGUCCUUUGUUUGGCAUGGGGGUUAUUUGCAACCUUCUUCCGCGGUGGUGAGGAAAUACCCGCAAAAGAUGAGAUCACUCCCUUGGGUGACAACCGGUAUGCUUGGGGUAUCGUCCUCGGCCUCAUCUGUUUCCUCACUCUCUUCCCUAAUGGUGGAGGAACGUUCUCCAGCCCGUUCUUCAGCGACCCAUUUUUUAGGGGCGAUAUGUAAAUGGUUUGUAUUAUAUAUAUGUUUGUUAUAUGUCACAGUAGGUUGGUGACUUGGAAUCUGCUUCUAACUGAUGAAAGAGACACCAAAAAUUGCAUAGAGGGUUAGAACAGCUAGGUUUGUAAUUUACAUAGUAUAUGUAAAUAGAGCUUUACCUUGCAUAGGUAGUAGUGGGAAAGAUCCUACAUAUAAUUGAGCUUUACGUUCCACAGGUAGUGGUGGGAAAGAUCUAUAUCUGUGUAAAUGUUCCACUGUAAUUGUCUAGAGAUUCAGAACUCUCCCAAUAUAAGAAAAUAAUGCAAUCUAUUUCGUGCAAUC